GAAGGUCGCUCUUUAUAACAUGAUCCAUUUCAAGAUGACGGUAACACGCUUUUUAGCCGUCCAUCUUGACCUACAUGUUCCUAUCAUCAUCCUUCAUUAUUAACAACAGAGAAAAACUAUAUAAACCAAACCGUUUUCUGAUUUUAAAAGACUAUGAAACACUUUUAACCGUCUUUAAUUUAACUCCACCUAAAAAACACCCACUUUUCCUGUUAGGUCUUCUUCUUCUUCUUCUUCCACUAGUAGUACUAGUCUAGAUCAAAUUCAGUAGAAUAAUUAGGUUAUCGUUUCUGUAUGAUUGGAGCUGGAUAUUAUUACCCUUAUGAUCUCAUCAUCUCUUGCUACUUAGCAUUUUAAUAAUCUCCACUCACAAUUUUGGAGACAUUGUGGAAUUAGGGAUGAAGCUUUGUGGCUUCUUUGGUAGGCAUGGUAGUAACCAAAGACAGGCUGAAGAGAUGAAUACAAAUGUAAGGCUGUUUUCGUAUAGCAUGUUAAAGUCUGCAACUGAGAGUUUCCAUCCGUCAAAGAAACUGGGUGUAGGUGGCUUCGGAGUUGUCUAUAAAGGGACCUUAAAAGACGGAACCCAUAUCGCUGUUAAGACUUUGUCUGCUGAAUCUUCUCAAGCAACACGUGAGUUUCUGACGGAAAUUGACAUGAUAACAAAUGUUAGACAUCCAAAUCUAGUUCAACUAAUUGGAUGCUGUUUAGAGGGAAGUAAUCGGAUGUUGGUCUACGAGUAUCUGGAGAACAAUAGCUUAGCAUGUGCUUUAUUUGGUUCGAAGAGUAAAAGAAUUCCCUUGGAUUGGUCAAAAAGAGCUGCUAUCGCCAUCGGUACUGCCAGAGGACUUGCAUUCCUUCACGAGGAAGCUAAACCACAAAUUAUCCACAGGGACAUUAAGGCUGGCAAUAUACUUCUUGACGCACAAUUGAAUCCAAAAAUUGGAGACUUUGGAUUAGCAAAACUAUUCCCAGACAAUGUCACUCAUAUCAGCACUCGAGUAGCAGGAACAAUGGGUUAUUUGGCGCCCGAGUACUCCUUGCUGGGACAGCUAACAAAAAAAGCGGAUAUCUACAGUUUUGGGGUGCUUCUUCUUGAAAUUGUAAGCGGCAGAAGUAGUGGUACGUCAGCGUGGGGAGAGGAACUGAUGCUUCUUGUCGAUUGGACAUGGAAACUGCGGGAUGAAGGUAGGCUCUUAGACAUUGUAGAUCCAGAUUUGGCAGAGUACCCGGAGAAUGAGGUAUUGCGCUUCAUUAAAGUGGCCAUGUUUUGCACGCAAGCAGCGUCAAACACAAGACCAUCCAUGAAGCAGGUUGUGAAGAUGCUCUCGAAAGAUGUAGCUCUUCCUGAAAUGGAACUCACCAAGCCUGGUUUUCAAAAGAGCAACAUCACUCAACAAUACUCUGGUAAUGGUAGCUCACAAGAGGGAUCCUCUCAACAGACUCAAAAAGAAAAAAGAUCGAAGAAUCCGUUUGUAACCUCAACACAAUUGACUACGCCUCAUGUAACCUUGGUGAACCCUGAACCCAGGUGAGAAAUAGAGUAGCAUAGCAUAUACAUUGUACACAUAACAAGUUGAAGCGACGUUCCAGUUUUUUACCGAUGAUAAACCUUUUUGGCUUCUAUGUAAAGCAAAAGCUCGGGGUAGAAACAUUUACACCCAUUGUUUUGUCCGUCAGAAAAAGUAAAUAAAAGAAUAGAGUGUAAUUUUUAAACCUUGAUGUAAAUUCAAUAUCUGAGUAUAUUAAUUCUUG